AUGUCGCGGCGUCUCGUGUCGUACAGCGACUUGACCGAGGAUUGCCCUCCACCACCACCGUCAACGGCCACUGAGGGUGGGACAGAAGCUAGUUGCUCGUACAAAACUCACCCACAGUCUAAUGGGAAGAAGCGCAAAAAAGGUCAGCAUCAAAAACACGCUAAUUCGAAAGAUCCAGUGAGGAGCAGGGGGAAUGGCCUGCAUCGGGACGAUCCUUCAUACAACCCUUCUAGCUCGGCAGGAUUCGAUGAAGGUCCGCAUCUCAGGGGGAUCGCUACGAACGGUGAUGAGGAGGAGAUGGAGGGGGAGGAGUACUACGAUGCUACACAUGGCGGAGAAGAAGAUAAUCGAUCCUUGAACGGAAACGGUGAAGGGGAAGAGGAGGGCUCGUUUAUAGGAUGGAAAUACGACGAAUACGCAGAACCAUAUGAUCGAUCUCAUCGACAUUACACCGGCUUGCAUCCUUCCGACUACGUUGCAAACACAUCAGCUUCAGUCGAGCCAGACCCCGAAGGUGCUGACGAAGACUCGAAAAAUCAAGAAAGCGAUGCAUACGUUAAAGGACACGACUCCGAGGAGGAUGAAGAAGAAGAAGAAGAAGAAGAAGAAGAAGAAGAAGAUGUCGCAGAAUUCGAUCGUUUAUGGGCAGCCAAAACCCUUCCAUCCCAAACUUUCAUCACUUCCAACACUCUCCCAUCAGCACCAGCGCAUGCCGUUCGACCACCAAUAGAAGUAGGUGGAGGAGGCAGACCCCUCUCCCACACCGAAAUAUGGUCGGAUUCAACCCUAACGUCGGCAUUUAACGCCGCUUUACACCAAUACUGCCACCUACACAAUCUGCAUUGGUCUGGGGAAGAAGCUAAGUCAGCGCUAUGGACAGACGCUCCCCUCCAUAACUCUCUUUUGGCUACUCAGGUUAGAGAAGAUACGGAACAGAUCCUUGCCCAACGGAAGCAAAUUACCACUAAGCCAGAUGCAGUUCAUGGAGGCAAGAAGAAAGGAAAGAAAGGGAAGAAUGAAGCCGAGGAACAGAACAUGGAAAGUGUGAGGAGGGGGAAGGAAAUAGUAACGAUCGUUCCAAGCGCUCAUCUGGAGGGAAACACGGCUUGGAAAAAGGCGGUUAAGACUGUUCAGACUACGCCGAACUCGGUUGGAGUUAAGGAGGGUGAGGAGAGGGAGAAGGAGUUGAAUGGUUGGUGGAUUGCUGGGUAUUAUGCUGGAUUAGCUGCAGCAGGGGUAGCAGCUGGUGGGUCAGGUGAGAAGGCCAACGAAGAGAGGAAGAUAGAGGAGGACAUAUAG